AUGGUCUUGUUGCACGGCACUCUAGAUGUCGCCAUUCUCGAGGGGAGGAACCUGGAAGUAGCGUUUUACGGGUGCAUGCCCCAGCUGCGCUCUGGAUGCAGGGCCUGCGUUCAGGAAGCUCGCACGUCUAGUUCUUCUGGCGCUAGCUCUGGGGACGAAGAGCAUAGGACCCGGUCAUGCUACGUGGUGCUGAAUGCGGGCCCCGCCCGGUUGGCCGCCACCCGCGAGGUCCGCCACGCCGACGCGCACCCCGUGUGGAACGAGCGCUUCGUCGUGUACCUCGCGCACGCCGUCGAUACGCUGACGUUCGAGGCCAAGGACGACGGCGCGGUCGGGGCGGAGAAGCUGGGGCGCGCUGACGUCAUCGCUGACGUCAUCCGGGGGGGCGACGCGUUCGAGGGGUGGCUCCCGCUGCUGGACAGGAAGGGGCGGCCCUUGAGGGGGGACGGGGAGAUCCGGGUUAGGUUAGAGUUCGUUAGCGUGGACCGAGACGAGGCAUACAGACGAGGGCCGGGCCCUGUUCCGCACUCGUACUUCCCGAUGCGCAGGGGAUGUAGGGUGACGGCGUAUCAGGACGCCCACGUGCCCCCCGGUCUGCUCCCCUCAAUUCCCUGCCCAGACACCCACACCGUCCGAAACGCGGACACCUCCCCCAGCGCGUGGGGCGACAUCUUCACCACCGUCCGAAACGACAAGCACCUCAUCUACAUCGCCACGUGGCACUUCACGCACACCAGCCGCGCGUUCCCGCCCGCGGAGAACGCGGCGGAAAAGCCGCUAGGGGGGCCCACGAUCGGGGAGCUGCUGAAGCAGAAGGCGGAGGAGGGGGUGCGCGUAAACAUUAUCCUUUGGGACGUCGUGUCGUCGAAGCUGAAGCGGAACCCGUUGGCGGCGACCAAGGCAGUCGACCUGACUCACAACGGGGCCGCCGUGGAGUACUUCAGAGAUUCCAAGGUAACUUGCGUGCUGGCGCCCCGCGACCCCGCCAACAUGAGCUCCAUUUGGGGCGCGCUCGCGCGUCGCAUCGGGUUCACGCUGCACCACAAGAUCUUCCUGGCGGACGGCGUUGGGAGCGGACACGUCGCAGACGGCCCGGCGAGGGGACACGUGGCGGAUGGUGGACUGCGACGGCUGCUCGCAUUCAUUGGCGGGCUGGAUCCGACGGACCACGACUACGACACGCCGGCACACAGCCUGUUCAGCUGGAGGAAAGACAAGUACGAGCCCUGGCACGACGCCGAGUGCUGCAUCGACGGCCCCGCCGCCUGGGACGUAUUCACACACUUCGAGCAGGAGUGGCGCGAGCUGGCCAAGGAACAUGUGAAUGCGCUCCUGCCCAUCUCCGAAACGCGCGGCCUCGCGCACCCCCCCGGCUGGCGCUUCGACAAGCCGCACUGGUCGGAGGACGCGUGUCCCGAGCUCGCGGCCACGAACGAAUCGGACCCCGCCACGUGGCACGUCCAGGUGUUCGGCAGCGCGGAUUCCGCCUCGCACGCGGGGCUGCCGGAAGACCCGGAAGAGGACUUCAAGUGCGGGCUGUAUCGGGAGAAGGGCGUCGUGGUGGAUAGGAGCAUUCAAAACGCGUACGUGUACACGAUCCGACGCGCGCAGCGGUUUCUGUACAUCGAGAACCAGUACUAUGUGGGAAGCAGCUACGCGUGGCCACGGUACAAAACAGCGAGCGCGAACAACACGGUGCCGAUGGAGAUCGCGCUCAAGAUCGCGCAGAAGAUCGACGGCGGGGAGCCGUUCGCAGCGUACAUGCUGGUGCCGAUGCACCCCGAGAUCUACGGCCCGCAGGCGGACGCCAUGCUCUACUGGCAGCGCCUCACCAUGGCCGCCAUGUACAAGGUGGUCGCGGAGGCUUUGUCGCGCAACGGGCUGGCCGGCAAGCGGCACCCGCGGGACUUCCUCAACUUUUACUGCCUGGGCAACAGGCAAGACACGGUCGGCCCGCACGGGGGCCCCGCGGAGCAGCCGAAGGAGCGCGGCCGCUGCAUCCCGACGAAGCGCGGCCGCCGCAAGCCGCGCCGGAGCUUCAUCCACAUGCACGCCAAGAUUAUGGUCCAGGACGACGAGACGCUCAACAUCGGCUCCGCCAACCUGAACGAGCGCUCCCUAGAAGGCGGCCGCGACACCGAGAUCGCCAUGAGCGCCUUCCAGCCGCACGCCGUCACGCGAACCCUCCAAACCCCGGGCGGGGUGCGCACCCCCCGCGGGGACGUCUACGGCUACCGGCUCUCGCUAUGGGCGGAGCACUUCGGCGGCCGGUUGGACCCCCGGUUCGACGACCCGGGCAGUCCGGAGUGCGUCCGGUAUGUCAACGAGCUCGCGGAGAGCAACUGGCGGAAGUAUGCCGAGGAAAAGGUUGCGGACAUGGAGGGGCAUAUUAUGGCGUAUCCGAUUCAAGUAGGGGCGGACGGCUCGGUACACGACCUGCCUGGGUGGAAGAGGUUCCCCGGGGAGAAGGGCAAGGUGAAGAGGAGCACGCGGGGGCCGGCCUGGUUCUCGGAGUUCACCACUUGA